GUUCUUUCAUUGAUGCAGUAGGAGAUCAUCAAUCUUCGGUCUCAUUAGCUUCAGGUGGAAGAACAAUUAGCAGCACUUCACGCAGCCGCAAUGCCGCUAAAAUUCUCUGGCCGGAAGGAGCGAUUGACGAAGAUCUCUCGCCAAACCAAGAAAUAUACCGUGAAGAGCAGGCAGCGAUGUUAACACGUGUCAGUCCUAGUUUUCUCCGCGUAGGUCAGCUGGAACUUCAUGCCAAGGAGAAGUCUACAGAUGAAUUUGCUACUCUGUUUGGCUAUGUUUUGUGGCGUGACUUUGGAGAUUAUCUCGAUUGUGGAACAAGUGCCGUUAAACAGCAGUGUAGCUUUGGAGGCAUCUUCGACGAGAAUCAAAUUGUGCAUGGAAAAAACGACAAAGACCAUUAUUCUUCAACCUCCACUAGUACAGCAGCAAUAGCAAGAAAUAGGGCUGCUUUGCGAAAGCUAAUUACAGUUCACAAUUUGAAAGUCUUCUUUGUGGUUUUCGCGCAUCGGCAGGCUUUGCUCCACGCAGACUGGCUGCGCGUUGGCUAUGUCCAGGGAAAUAUGAACAGUGAUAACGCACUCCUGUGCGGCUAUUCUGUGGACUAUGGUCCCUUCGGGUUUCUGGACGGGCCUUUUCGAUCGAAGUGGUGCCCGUGGGUCGGCGGCGGAGACAAAUUCUCCUAUUCGCAACAACCUCUUGCCGGCAAAGUGAUUCUUUCCACUCUAGCUCGCCGCAUCCUUCGAAGUGGUAAAUUACUGGAGAUUUUGGCCGAAAAUAGCGAGAACCAUGCUAGCGAGGAAGAUUCUGACAACAAGGAUACCAUAAAUAAAAGAAUCUCCAAACAGAAUGAACUUGAGAAUUUUGUGGAUAGCCUUGUAGAUCGCUACAUGAAAGACAUUUUCCGCACUUACCAUGACGCGAAUGCACGAGCAAGAUUGGGUUUUGGACCGUCAGAACAGCAGGUGCAGGAGAUCCAGCUACUCUACUUGCUUACUGAUGCACAUGCAACAGUAGAUUCUCAACAUAAACAUUCUAACCCUUCCAGUACAACUGGUCCAUCUUAUCAUCAAGAACAAGAACAAAAUAGGUGUGAUCCUGCUUGUUCGUCUUCGGCCCGACUUGCUCUACUCGAGAAGCGUCCUCGUGCAACCGCUGCUCGACGAUUGCUUGCGGAAUUCGAAUCUAGUUCUAGAUUCUCGCCUAGGACUGCAAGAGCUGCGUCGUCCAGCAACAAGAAAUCGGCUGUGCUGAAAUUGUACGAUGAGCUCGAAACGCUGAUGGAAAGAGAGAAUAUGGAUUUUAUCUUCACCCUGCGUGGCCUUUCCGAUGUUAGGGAUGGCUUUGAAUCAUCAUACCAAAUUCUUUUCGACCCUCAGCCUUUUCGACGUUCUCUCGGAUUUGAAGUACAUGAUCGGAGCAGCGAAGCAGGGAGUGGAGAAACAUUACAGCUGCCUCAGGCAUUUAGGAAGUGGCUUCUGAAAUGGCGCGAUCUGCUUGCGAAGGAGCAAGGACUACAAAUGCAAAGAAGCGCGUCUUCAUCAAUUUCAUCCACAACACCGUCAUUUCUUCUUCCGCCAGAAACACGUCGGACAAUGAAACAGACGUCACCAUCAUUAACGCCAAGGAAUUGGAUCCUUACGGAGGCCUAUGAAGCAGCUGAGCGUGGUAAUUUUUCUCUGGUUCAAGAACUUUACGAGCUGUUCGCGAAAGGCGGUGCUUACCAUGACUAUCCCGAGGACACACGCUGGGUACGCACAACUCCUCCUUGGGCGAGGGAAAAAGCUGGAGUUCAUUACAUGAGCUGAUCUUCGUAACUCCUGUUGAAAGCAUCGCGGUUGAGAAAUUGAAAUUCACAGGAGUUCUAAUAGUUGUCUGAGACUGCGACUGAAAACUUAGUCGAUAAAGUUGAUAAACUACCUAUAUCUUUAUCUGUAACCUUGGUUGAUAAAAAAUCAAAAUGGUGCAGGUGUUGAUUAAGUAUUCUGAUUCUUGAUGCUGACUACCGACUACGACUAGCUGCAGAUACAGUAGCGCCAAUGAUUGAUAGUACACUGACACAUCUAUGUUGAUAAGGCCUGCUUGAGAUUAAGUCGAACAUUUUUGAAGUCAAGGCUUGAUAAUUGUUGAUAGUCAUAGUGAGGCGCGUACGGGCACGCUCUAUAAAAAUAUGAGCACGCGGAGACUUGUGCCCGCUCUGAGUGAGGGCUAGUAUGCUUAUUACGUCGCUGAUUUCAAUUUACAUGUACAUGUAGAAGAUUCAUUAAUAUUUUUGACUAGUAGCACUAGCGGGCCAUCAUCAUGAAAGAUGCAUUUAAGUACGACAUUCCAUAUGAACAGAUUGAAUUUGUGAUACUUGCUCGCAAGGAUACAACUUCUUUUGGUUGAGGACUAACACGCAG